AUGCAAAUCUCAUUAGCGGCUUCCUCAAUCGAAGCUGCCCAUUCGUUCGAGCGUUUGUGUUCACUUCUCAACGAUGCAGAAUGCGAAGGCCGAUCAGCUCUCACGAAGCAUGAGGCUGAAGACCAGUCGACCAGAUUCCGCCUGUGGGCCGGCAACAUUGGUGCAUUUCACCGAUUACCCUCAACUGCAUCACUAGACUAUCGCCUACGCGAGUCGCCGAACGUUGCAAUUCAAAUUCAAGAGCACCUCAAGGAUUUGAAUGAUUGCCUCAAUACUGUAUGCAGCAUCGCGUUAGGUGAACGACCAAAUCGGCCUAUUGAUAGCGAUGAUGAGGAUGAGCAAGAAGACUAUGAAGACUUUGAUGGCUCCGAUGUACGAAAAUUUUAUACGGAUGAUCCACACGAAAGCAUUGCAGUCUCCUCGAGCGAAGCCGAAGAGUCAUUUGGAACCGCUAAGGAUACCAUCACUGGUCUUUUUCGCCUGUCUAUACUUAUACGCAAAUACACUCCACGCGAUCGAUUUUCUAGGGCCCUCAGCGGACCCAACCCUUUCGAUGAGACUUUUGAUGUUGCUCAUGUCUCGCAAAAGUUUCCUAAGCUCGACCAAGCCCCGUACGCAUGGCUCAAGUUGCGUCUGGGUAGAGCCAUCACACAGCGGCGGCGGUACUUGCAAUACGCCCGCGAGCAUAGACAAAAGCUUGGUCAUGGUCUUGAAGAGAGUGGGAUCAGCAGUAUUCCCAUACAGCCUUCUAGUCUUGCCCCGAAACAACUCAACUUUCCCAUGCGGUCCGAGGCUGGUGUGACGAGGACCUUGGGACAUCCAAGCACACUGACGCCCACGAAUGCUUCCACGUUGCUUCUCCCCAGCUCUACCGUGCCUGAUGAAGAUCUUGAAGACUCUCAAUCGCAAACCUCGUUUGCAAUAUCGCUAGAAGACGAGGACAGGAACGAGCAAUUCCAUCUUCCUACCCUUGCAGAUGUUCUGAAUGGAAAUGAAACGUUUGAGUGUCCACUCUGCUGGACAAUACAGAGCUUUCGCAAAGAAUCUACAUGGCGUAAGCAUGUUCUGGCCGAUCUUCGCCCAUACGUAUGUACCUUCAAGAACUGCGAUCUCAAGCUGUUUCCGCAUCGCCAGAGCUGGUUCGAUCAUGAGCUGAGUCAUCAUCGAAGGACGUGGUCUUGUCUCCUUUGCCAACAACGAAAUUUCAAGGAUCCAGACGUCCUUCGGCAACACCUCGGACAGUAUCAUCUUCACGACCAGGAGAAUGAUCAAAUAGACACUGUAGUGGAAAGUGGUACACAUACAGUGGUCGCCAUCGCUGCUUCCGAAUGUCCGUUCUGUGACGAAUGGCAAGCUGAUCUUGGAAAGCUCAACCCCGAGCUACUCAGCACUGCAAUCAGUGUAACACCAAUGCAAUUCAGAAAUCAUGUGGGAACCCAUAUGCAAAAUCUGGCCCUAUUUGCAAUCCCGAGGGGUGCUCUAGCACGAGAUGACCUGAGCGAAGGGUCAGUGGCGAGCGCAAGAGCUGCUGGCAGGGCGCCAACGAUAUCAUCAACAACAAACUUUGGGAAGCGCCUAGAGCGCGCAAGAUCAGUCAGUAUAGGCAGUUUCAGCUCGAACUCCACGAGCUUCAGUGCCCUUGACUAUCGGCAUCGAGCAGGACUCCGAAGUUAUCCCUGCCCCCUCGCGCAAUACAACUGCGCAGACUCCUUCUCCUCGAAGAGAAGCUGGACGAGACACGCGAAAUCCGGACAUUUUUACGAGAGCUACUGGCUUUGUGAUAUGUGUGAUGCUUUGGCCCCUUCUCGAUUUCACGAGAUCGAUCACUUCACAGAGCAUAUUCGUAGUACUCACUUGACUGGCCCUAGCGAUCCUGAAUCUCUCAAGAAUGAUAUCCAGAACCAUGUUAUGCGCUGUUCCAUACAAGGUCGCCGAGCUCCACAUUCAUCAAGCUGCCCACUAUGCGAUGAAGAGUUUGUUGGGCCUUUAAGCUGGGAGGAGCACGUGGAUGGCCUUUGGCACCAUCUCCGAACAAAGUACCGGAAGACGUUCGCACGACACCUAGUAGAGGAUGGGGCACCAGUCAUAAACGCCCAUGACUUGACCCUUCACCCGCCAUUUCCUCGGCUGUUGAGCGACAUGUUUCCCCGUCCGAAUCCGGACCUUGUAGAUGACGAAAAAUUGGUGGCGAUUGAGAGAUUGUUCGAACUCCAGUCGCGAGUAGCACUUGUUGGGAUGGCCGACGUAGGUAAAACCGAACUCGCUCGGGAGUACUGCUACCGCGAAGCCGCACGGUGGCCACAGUCACACAUCUUUUGGAUAAGCGCCGGAGAUCAAAACCGACAACGCAAGAGUUUCAGAGCCAUGAUGAAGGGAGUUAAUCUCCCGGGCUACGACGACAAAAAUGAACUCAUCGACGCUGAAAUGCUACUCCGGGUACUAGAUACCCAUACCCCAUGGAUUCUAGUCGUUGAUGGGUUAAACCACAAUAUCCUUUUCAUGGGAACGCCCUCAAUAGUCUCUCAAGGAGGAAGCUACGAUGACCUUCUCCUGCUACUCCUGUCUGGAGAUCGCGGCGGAAAGGUCUUGCUUACCACUCAGAGUUUCAAUGUCGCCUUUGAUCUAGUACAGAGCUCGCAAAUAGUAGAAGUCGAGAUCUUGACCGAGGAAGCUUCGAUCAGCCUGCUACGUAGCCGACUAAACUUCGAGAGUAAUCUCGACAACAGCGAGCUUGCCGAGCUUGCCGAAAUAGCAAAGUACAGGCUUAUCCGGCUUGUCCGUAUUUGUGAACAGUCCAAUACCCUCCAUCCUAGGGUAGACAUGAACUCAUUUGUUCCAUACAUUCGCGAGGUCUUCAGUGACUCGAAUCGAGAACCAGACCGCGAUCUCGACAACCCUGAAACAAUACCAGGCGUAAACACAGACUCACCAGAUUUCGCUUACGUCGCGGAUCCGACAAACGUACCUCCUCCCCCGUCUGUUAUAAGCACUGGGAGUGAAUGGUAUCACGACGAUGAAAUGAUAGUCAUAGAUGUGGAUACAGGCUCACCAGACUUCGCUUACGUCACGGAACCUUCAACGAACGUAUUACACUCUCCCUCGCCUGUUGUGAGUACUGGUGAAAGUAGUGGUGGGGUGACGAGAAAGGCGGAGGAAUCUGAGCAAAUUCAGGAACUGGAUAGCGACAAGGCAGGAGGGGAAGAGGCCAGAUAA